AUUUGCUCCAAUCUUCUGCAACCCCCCAAGUGAGCAGAGAGAUGACCGCGAAUCUACAAAAAUGUCGAAUCCCUCUGAAGCUCAUCAUCGGGCGCAACGACGCCGUUUUCAAUUGUAGCUGGCGUCUAUUGCACGAGGGCCCGGACACCGUGGAGGAGCUUCUGGACAGACACAUAGUGAAGAAAGAAAAACACCUCGACGAGGAGGAGGAGGAGUUGCUGAAUCGGCGGCGACUCACCAGCACUCGGCGGGAGGCGCUGAGUCUGUACCGAGACAUAAUUAGGGCGACUCGGUUCUUCAUGUGGCCGGACUCUCGAGGCGUGCUCUGGCGAGACGUGCUGAGGGAGAACGCUAGGAAGGAGUUCGAGGAGGCCCGAUUCGAGACGGAUCCGGAAGUUAUAACCCGACUGCUCAUCGGCGGUCAUGAUGCGGUGCAGUCGGCGAUAGAUAAGCUCGCCGAGAAGCAGCGGCAGCAGAUUCAGAAGGAGCGAGGAGGCGGUCAAGAUUAAGCAGGUUAAACCCCGAUUUUUGACUUUCUGUUCUUGUAAAAAAUGUGAUUGAGUAUGUAAUAUUGCUCUGUGUGGUAAUUUUCAAUGAUUAAAUAAAGUAUUUACAGAAAAAGGUAUAGAUUGCUGAAAUUUUGCUCAAUGUUAGCUGCAAUGGUUUUGUUGA